UUUCAGAUUGUCCUGUCAAUCAUAUAUCAGAAUGGCCAGUUGGGCGCUGCGUAUUACAACACUGUAACGUGUGAGCUAUACAUACUGGAAGAUAUAGCUGAAAGCAGUUUGAAUUUUGACAUGACAAAUAUAAUAUACAGGCAAUCACGACCGAGUUUUAUUAUUACAACUUCAGGCAUGGCUGAACCAUUUUUGACGCUUUUGAAGAAAUUCAUUCUUAAAGAAAAUGAAAAUGUUCCACUUGAAACACCGAGUUCAAAUAAUCGUUUCACACGACUAAAAUUUAAAAUAAUGUCCAAAAAGGAAUAUGGAUUUUCUUUGUGCAAUACUCGAGUUCAGCAUUUGAAGCUAGAAUUCGAACCUGAUGAUUUAACUGACGAAGAUAGAAUUUUGUUUCUCAGUUCAAUAAUUAACUUCAAUUGUUCUAUCAUGAUUCAUGCCCUGGGACUACUUUUGAAAUACCUGGACAAGCAUUGGAACGCAAUGGCUCUAGAUGCAAUUGGUCAACCAAAAUUUAUGCAACUGCACAAGCUUAACUUGAAAGAUAUCGUUAUGGUAGAUAACGAAACAUACAAGGGUUUGCAAAUUGUUAAUCCACGUCAUCAUCCGAGUUUAUUCAAAUUUGGCACUGCAAGCUCACUUAAAGAAGGACUCAGUUUGUACAGUAUUCUGAAUCGCUGUCAGUCUCGCCCGGGUCUUCAAUACCUGUGGUCGAUGUUUCAACAUCCUACAUGUGAUGAAAAAGAAAUAAAUGAGAGAUUAGAUGUUAUAGAAUUUUGCUUGGAUCCGACAAAUCAAAAUAUUGUCCAAAAUAUGCUACCAUGCUUAUCCAAAAUCCACCAAAUAACCAAAGUAAUGAACCGGCUUUCAGCUCCACAAGCAAAAUCUUCAGAAUGGCAAAGAUUACACAAGACACUUUGCAACAUAAUCCAUAUAGUGGACAUUUGUGGAACCUGCAAAGAUGUCUUGCCAUUAUUUACGAAAAUUGUCGACAGUGCUACGGAUGAAAUGCAUCGACUAAGAUACUUUAUAGAAUACAUUGUUGACUUUGAAUCAUCCAAACGGCAAAAUAAAUUUGUCGCCCACGUAGGAGUCGAUCCACAAUUGGAUCAACUGAAUCAUGAAAAUCAGACGCUGCCUGAAGUCCUGAGUCUGAUGGCUGAACGAGAUCUGCAAGAGUUACCAGAGUUUGUAAAAGCCUGUAGUAUGGUGUACCUUCCAGACAUUGGGUACCUACUAGCUGUAACACAUUGGGAAAGUUCGCCUCCGGAAGAUUAUGAACUACCCGGCCUGGAAUUCAAAUUCGUGGCCAAUAACAUUUGUCAUUAUAAGAGUCCAGGUGCAGUAGAACUACAGAAUACAGUUGGUGACAUUCUCGAAAGGAUUACCAAAAGACAGAGCCAGAUAAUGUUGCAGCUGGUCCAGUACAUCACUAAACACAUCAAACCAGUUAUUGAGAUAAUCAAAUACAUUGCUAAAUUGGAUGCGUUGAUUUCUUUGUCGAUAGUCGCACGUGAUUUGAACUAUGUGAGACCAAAAAUAUCAAAGUCUAAAAUAAUAGAUAUCAAGCAAGGCCGUCAUCCACUACUCGAAAUAAUUAACUCCAGCUUCAUAACAAAUGACACACUGUCCUCGCAGGACAAUAGUUUGGUCAAAAUCAUAACUGGUCCCAAUGCUUGUGGUAAAAGCAUUUACCUCAAGCAAGUUGCGGUUAUAGUUUUUAUGGCACACAUUGGUAGUUACGUACCUGCUGAAUCUGCAACUAUAGGUGUUAUCAAGCAUAUUCUAACACGCAUACAUUUUGCCGAUACCAUGGCGUUCAACGCAAGUUCAUUUAUGGCUGAUCUCAGACAGAUGAAUAGAGCUGUAUCUGAUGCAACUUCCGAUUCUUUAGUGAUAAUUGAUGAGUUUGGAAAAGGUACUUCAUACGUAGAUGCACUUUCAUUGCUUGCAGCUUACAUGACGGAUUUCAUCAAUAGAGGAGCGGAAUGUCCACACAUGUUUGUAUCAACACACCUCCAUAGUGUUGUUAACUUAAUACCACAGACAUCGUUGGUUGAAAAACAAACCUUAGAUUUCUUAAUCAAUCAAGACGGGACAGUAGUCUUUCUCCACAAGAUUACCAAUGGAAAUUCUGGGAUGAGUUUUGCACAUUCUGUUGCCGCUGCUGCUGGUCUUGAUUCAAAAAUUGUAGAACGUGCUCUAUCAAUAUAUGAAAGCAGGAAAAAGAGGAAACUGAUUCAUAAACUUGACACGCUUAACGUUUGCCAACGAGAAAAACUGGCUAAGAAAAUCUGUGAACAUCUGGUGAAAGAGAAGGCGAAUGUCGAUAUGGAUGGACUGAAGUCUUGCAUAACGCGAAUGUGGUCCAAAGAUUUUGGAAAUCAAUCAUCGAAGGACAAUAUAAUAUAAUGAAAUAAAUUGUAUAAUAUCGUAACGCUGCUUACAUCUACAAUUUAUUCUACAACAUUGUAUAAGAGUGUGCACACUUGGCAGUGAUUCUCGUUAUAGGGAUAUAUUGAUACGACGAUGGAUCAAUGAUAUAUUCUUAUCUUCAUACCAUUAAAAUAAAAUAAUAACUGUAUCAUUCUGUGACUAGAAAAACAUUCUCAGAACAUUAAAACAAAUUCAACAAUCGAUAAUUUAUUUUAUUUCCUUUUU